AACAUUCUAAAAAAAACACUCUCUCUCCUCUUUUUAUCUCUCUCUUCUCUGUUCUCAUCUGAGAACCGAAGCUUUUCGCGGGUUUCUUGCUUUUGGGUUAGGGUUUAGCUGAUUCAACCUUUAAGGGUCAUCUCUGCUUCCAUCGAUUUGCUAUUUGCUACAGAUUCGAAGGUUUCUAGCCUAUUCCGGUUGUCUCCAUGGGUCGCUCUCUUUUUCGCAAAUUACUUCUUGAUGACUCAGACGAGGAUGAAAUAAUUAAACGAGUUUUUAUGGGUUCAACAUCACAACGUAAGCGUCGUCGGUUUAUUAGACGUAAUCAUUUGGCAGGUAAUGAAAAGCUUUAUCUUGACUACUUUGCCGAAUCACCAAUAUAUCCUCCCAAUUUAUUUCGAAGGAGAUUCCGAAUGAGUUGUUCUCUUUUUCUCUAUAUUCUAUCUAAGGUAGAAGCUCAUGAACCUUAUUUUAUCCAAAAAAGAGAUAAUGCCAAAAGACUUGGUUUAUCUUCUCUUCAAAAGAUGACUGCUGCACUUAGGAUGCUUGUUUAUGGAGUAACAACUGAUUUUAUGGAUGAAUAUGUGAGGAUUGGAGAAAGCACUGCAAUACAGUGUUUGAAAAAGUUUGUUGCAGCAAUACUUGAUAUCUUCUCAGAGGAAUACUUGAGGUCGCCAAAUAACAAAGAUAUUGCUAGAUUGUUAGCCCAUGGCCAAAGCUGUGGAUUUCCAGGGAUGUUGGGGAGCAUUGAUUGUAUGCAUUGGAAAUGGAAAAAUUGUCCGGCUGCAUGGAAAGGUAUGUAUUGUGAUCAUGUUCGUGAACCAACUAUUACUUUUGAAGCAAUGGCAUCGUAUGAUCUUUGGAUAUGGCAUGCAUUUUUUGGAUUGCCUAGUUCAAAUAAUGACAUUAACGAGAUAGAGCGGUCUCAUAUCUUUUCCAAGCUCGCACAAGGACGUGCUCCUGCAGUUAAUUACUCAAUCAAUGGUAAUGAUUAUAAAAUGGGAUAUUACCUUGUUAAUGAUAUAUAUCCAAAGUGGUCUACAUUUGUGAAAACAAUCCCAGCUCCAUUAGGACAAAAGGAAAAAUUAUUUGUAGAAGCUCAGGAGACACAUAGAAAGGAUGUAGAACGUGCAUUUGAAGUGCUUCAAGCACGAUUUUCAAUUGUACGUGGACCUACACGUUUUUUUCAUCUUGAAAUGCUCCAAGACAUUAUGAAAGCAUGUAUAAUUUUGCAUAACAUGAUUAUUGAGGAUGAGCGAGAUGAAAAUGAGAUUGUAGACUUCGAUUAUGAACAAAUUGAUGAAAAUCCUCAUACACAAGUGUCACGUGAGCAAACAAAUGAAUUUAUGGAAUUCAUUCAAGUGCAUCAAAGCAUUGGAGACCAAGAAGAUCAUUCUCAACUCCAAUUAGACCUCGUCGAACAUUUAUGGCAAUUGCAAGACAAGUUGUAGGACCUUGAGCAUGAAUUUUGUAUGUGAUUUUUGUUUUUUUGGAUAAUUUGAUGAGUAAUCUAUGUGAGUUUUAAUGGACUACAUUGGUAAUUUAAGUAAACUGAAACAACUUAAAUUUGGCAGGUUGAUAUUUA